AGGAGACAAACCCGGCUGGUGCUGGGCGGCCUCAAGGGGCUCAGGGGGUCGCGACCCUCCCUUAGCAACAGCCGCCGGCCGAGCGGCGUCGUGCGGGGGAUUUUUCUGAUUGGCCGAGCCCCGCAGCUCCUGGCCAAUGAGCGCGAGCCACGGGACCCUGCGCGUCCCCGCCCACCCCCGCGCCGGCUGAGGGGCCGCUCGGAGCGUACCAAGCGCGGGCGCGCAGGGGGGGAGCCCAGCGGUUCAGGGUUUAGAGGGGUCCCGGCCUCCCACACUCCUCUCUCAGGGGAGGACGAGGCGGCUCCUCAGGAUCUCUGUAGGGAGGAGCUGCUCUGGGGGGCGAGGUGGGGGGAGCAGGUUGGGAGUGAACCCCUCCCGGUCUCCCCCCCCGGGCAGCGGGUGGUGCGGUCCGGGCGGAAGUGAGGUGUCGCGCGCUGAGGCGGUUCCGGUGUGGGAGCGGCCGGGGCUGGGGGGGCUGAGGCGGGGUCGGGCCCGGCCGAGGCCAUGCUGUGCACGGCGCUGGUCAUGGCCGGCAGCCUGGCGCUCACCACGGCCGUGGUGGCCCACGCCUACUACCUGAAGCACCAGUUCUACCCCACCGUGGUGUACCUCACCAAGUCCAGCCCCAGCAUGGCCGUGUUGUACAUCCAGGCUUUUGUGCUGGUGUUCCUGCUGGGCAAGUUCAUGGGCAAGGUUUUCUUCGGGCAGCUGCGCGCGGCCGAGAUGGAGCACCUCCUGGAGCGCUCGUGGUACGCGGUGACCGAGACCUGCCUGGCCUUCACCGUCUUCAGGGACGACUUCAGCCCGCGCUUCGUCGCCCUCUUCACCCUCCUCCUCUUCCUCAAGUGCUUCCACUGGCUGGCCGAGGACCGUGUGGAUUUUAUGGAGAGGAGCCCCAACAUCUCGUGGCUCUUCCACUUCCGAAUCGUCUCCCUGAUGUUCCUGCUGGGAAUCCUGGACUUCCUCUUCGUCAGCCAUGCCUACCACAGCAUCCUGACCCGCGGCGCCUCCGUCCAGCUGGUCUUCGGCUUCGAGUACGCCAUCCUGAUGACCAUGGUGCUGACCAUCUUCAUCAAGUACGUGCUGCACUCCGUCGACCUGCAGAACGAGAACCCCUGGGACAACAAGGCCGUGUUCAUGCUCUACACCGAGCUCUUCACCGGGCUGAUCAAGGUGCUGCUCUACAUGGCCUUCAUGACCAUCAUGAUCAAGGUGCACACCUUCCCGCUCUUCGCCAUCCGCCCCAUGUACCUGGCCAUGAGGCAGUUCAAGAAGGCCGUCACCGACGCCAUCAUGUCCCGCCGGGCCAUCCGCAACAUGAACACGCUGUACCCCGACGCCACGGCCGAGGAGCUGCAGGCCGUGGACAACGUGUGCAUCAUCUGCCGCGAGGAGAUGGUGACGGGCGCCAAGCGCCUGCCCUGCAACCACAUCUUCCACACCAGCUGCCUGCGCUCGUGGUUCCAGCGGCAGCAGACGUGCCCCACGUGCCGCAUGGACGUGCUCCGCGCAUCGCUGCCCCCGCAGCCGCCCCCCGAGCCCCCGGCAGCGGCAGCGGCGCAGCCCCCCAACUGUGAGUGA